AUGUUGGGGUUGGUGUUGAGUUUGGGGCUGGAGUUGGGGCUGGAGUUGGGGCUGGGGUUGGUGUUGGGGCUGAUGUUGGGGUUUGUGUUGGGGUUGGUGUUGGGGCUGAGGUUGGGGUUGAGGUUUGGACUGAGGUUGGGGCUGAGCCUGGGGUUGGGGCUGGAGUUGGGGUUGGGUCUGGGGUUGGGGUUGGGGUUAGUGUUUGGGGCUGGGGUUGGUGUUGGGCCUGGGGCUGGAGUUGGGCCUGGGGUUGGCGUUGGGCCUGGGGUUGGCGUUGGGCCUGGGGUUGGCGUUGGGCCUGGGGUUGGGCCUGGGGCUGUGGUUGGUGUUGGGCCUGGGGCUGUGCUUGAUGUUGGGGUUGGGCCUGGUGUUGGGGUUGGGACUGGGAUUAGGGUUGGGGUUAGGGUUGGGGCUGGAGUUGGGCCGGGGGCUGGGCCUGGGGUUGGUGUCGCGUUUGGGCCUGGGGUUGGGGUUGGGCCUGGGGUUGAUGUUAGGGCUGGGGUCGGGGUUGGGGCUGGUGUUGGGCCUGGGGUUGGUGUUGGGGUUGGGGUUGGGAUUGGGCUUGGGUUGGGGUUAGUGUUUGGGCCUGGGGUUGGUGUUGGGGAUGGAGUUGGGCCUGGAGUUGGUGUUGGGGCUGGAGUUGGGCCUGGGGUUGGGGGGACUGGGGUUGGUGUUGGGGCUGGAGUUGGGCCUGGG